UUUCUUUUCUUUUUUUGUUUACUGCCCUAGGUAUUCUUUCUGCUCAUUCGUUCCUUCUCCUUUGCUGAUCAUUCUCUGAAUCGCCAUGUUACCCAUUUUCCCCCGUGGCUUUUAGCUCUUGUCUCUCCUUUUCUUCUGCCCAACCCAACUGCUUUUGGACACACACUCAAUCUAGGCUUGUCGUUAGUUCAUACGAUCAUGCCCCAACGGCCUCAGGGGGUGAAGCAUGGGACUCCAUCCUUCUUACGCCACCAGAAUGUGUCUUCAUACUUGUCCAAGGCCAAGAGAGCCCUUUAUCUUCUCAUCUCGUCACUCCGCAGGCUCUUGGCCUUCACCCGUCGCAUAACCACAUUCUCUUACAUCAUGUCGGAACCAUCACGGCCCAUGGCCUUUGCGGCGAGAUUUCUUCCAAUCGUCUUUUGUCUGGUCUUGCUGGGCUCGUUGACUUUUCACAAUGUCUAUCCUUCAGAUGAUCCGUAUCGAUGUAGAGCGCUGCUGGGCGAGAGUGAACGAAAUGGCAGCUGGAUCCAUGCUCCGGAUGAGACGGGUGCGAGGAAGCCAUUCACGAAUUGGCAGCCUGAUGGAUGCAUGUUGCAUCAUUACACGGCGCAGGACAUAAAGGAUUGCAUGGGGGAUCGCCAUUUGGUCUUUUCCGGCGACUCGACGACACGACAGAUAUACUGGGGCACCGCGCGAUUGUUGGAUCGUAAGAGGGCCGUGGAAGGUCGCAAGAAGGCCAAUCCUCACCGAAGCUACAACACAACCUUCAAUGGCGUCCGAAUGCUGCACAUCUGGAACCCGUUUUACCAUACCCAACCAGGCCAUCCUCUACGAGAACAGCUCGAGCGAAUCAGCGAAGACAAGCACAAGCAUAGCCAAGUCAAGGAGUCCGCUGAAGAGAAAGCGAAGCGAAAAGAAAAGCAUCAUGGCUCCGAUCCUGGUCUUAUCAUGCUGGGCGCUGGUGCUUGGUUCGCUGGUAACUGGUUCGCCAAUGAGUCUGACAAGCGAUUCGCCGUGGCUCUGGACAACAUCACCGACAUCCUCCACUUUGGAGAUCUCACCAAAUUCGGUACAGGACCAAUGGACCCUGUCGAAGGCAUUGGUAAUGAAGUCUUCCUCGCCCCCGUCGCACCUCCAUACUACAAUGAACUUCCCGCGUCCCGCACUGGACCUAAGGGUAUUCACAAGGGCGAAGUCGAAAACAUUGACAAAGUCAUCUACAGCCAGGAAGAGGAGCAUAACCUCCGUCUGCUCCGAGCAUUCCCUCAACUCUCACUCAAUCAGCCUGAUGCUAUUGUCGACAGAACCCAGACUGGCUUCCACGUCAUUGACACCGUCGCUGAGAUCAAAGCCAACAUUCUGCUCAAUGCCCGAUGCAACGCCAAGCUCGAUCGAAUGAACGGAUAUCCCUACACUCGAACAUGCUGCACAGAUUACGGCUCGCGGCCAUGGGUUCAGAUUGCCAUUCUCGGCCUCGCUACUCUCUACGUCAUUGCGUGCAUCUGCUACGAGGGCAUCACUCUCGUUUCAUCCAUUGAGAUCAAGUGGCUCGACAUGAAGGUUGGCAUGUUUGCUGUCUCUCUUCUCUACUGUUUCGCUGCCGACCGUACCCAUCUGUUCUCCAAGGGUAUGAAGGAGUUUGUUCCUAAUGAGUUCUAUCUCCUCAUUGCAAUCUGCCUCAUCAUUGCCGGACUCACCAUACGCAAAACAAAGUUCCGUGCGCCUCGUCUCCCAGUUGCUGAGGCUGCCGCCGCCCCUACCACCACCGCCAUGACGAUUGAUGAGGAUGCUGGCGUCCUCUCAAGAGAUCAGACUGAAGAGUGGAAGGGUUGGAUGCAGGCUGCCAUUCUUGUUUACCACUGGACUGGUGCAAUUCGUGAUCUUCCCAUCUACAUCUUCAUCCGAUUGCUUGUCGCUGCCUACCUGUUCCAAACUGGAUACGGACAUACCAUCUACUUCCUCUCCAAGAAGGACUUUUCAUUCCGUCGCAUUGCAAGUGUCAUGCUGCGCCUGAACAUCUUGAGCUGUGCCCUUCCUUACGUCAUGGGAACUGACUACAUGUUUUACUACUUUGCGCCUCUUGUCAGCUUCUGGUUCAUGGUCGUAUAUGCCACCAUGGCUAUCUGCUCCGGCUUCAACGAUAGUGUCAAGAUCGUCACGAGCAAGAUCUUUGUCUCUUUCAUCAUCGUUACAGUCAUUCUCAACUUCACCCCACUCACCCAAUGGGCUUUCGCAAUCCUCGAUGUCGUCUUCCGCAUCAAGUGGAACCUCGACGAGUGGAUGUUCAGAGUCACCCUUGAUGGAGCCAUUGUGUUUGUCGGAAUGCUUGCUGGUGUCGCGCAACAGCGACUCGAGCGUGAUUCUGCUUGGUACACUAACUACAAAGCUGCCAUCAUUCCGUCCGCCCUGUCAAUCCUUGGCUAUGCUUACUUCUGCACAUACAUUGGCGACAGAAAGGCCUAUAUCAUGAUGCACCCGGUCAUUGCGGCGGUGCCUAUUCUCGCCUUCAUCGCUCUCCGAAACGCUACUGCUACCAUGAGGAACUACUACUCUACCGCCGCCGCGUGGCUCGGUCGAUGCUCUCUCGAGACAUUCAUCCUGCAGUUCCACGUCUUCCUGGCCGCUGACACGAAGGGCGUCCUACUCUUGGAUAUCUUCAAGGGCGAUGCCAGUCUCCUCAAUGACCGAUGGCGAGAUCUCGCAGUCAUUGUCCCUAUCUUCUUCUGGGUCAGCCACCUGGUCGCCGAAGCAUCCGGCAAGAUUGUCAAACUGAUUCUCGGUGAGGCUAAGCCAAAGCAAGGCAUGCCAGAGAUUGUGGAAGAUGAUGAAGAUGAGGGCGAGCUGAAGAUUGUUGAGCCUGUAUGGGAGAACAUGCCCAUGCUCAACAACGUCCACUUGGACCGCGCAAAAGACUUUGCCAAGUCUGUUACGACUGGCCUUCACAUGCGCGUUGCAGCCAUCCUUGGAGUGAUGUGGCUGCUCAACUGGUUGUACUAAAGCGCUAAGGCGUUCAUUAAUGGCUCUUAGAGGGCGUUUUCUGUUUCGGUAUGUUUGGUGAUUAGGUGUACAUGGGUCCUGUAGACUUGAAUAUAGAAAUUGAGACUCGAUAUUU